UUUCUAGCUAUUUCUAUAUUUUACCCCCACCAAUUUCCAAAUUAGACAUAAUGCUAACCUCAGGUUGGGGUCUACUUCAGGAAAGCCCACUUAUUUGCGAGCAUGUAAGGCCAGGUGAUAAGUAACAGUACCACUAAAGCAAGCAAAAUGAAAGUUGAUUACUCUCAGUAUUGAGGAUUCACUAAUACUUGUAGGAGUGAAGAAAAAGAUUUGUUAAAAUGUCAGUGUCUUAGCGCCUACUAUAGAAGUAUGAUUAGCAUGCGUAAGUAUUGCAUGAGAUUUGUGCAGUUGAUUUACGAAGACACCAUCUUCCUAACUAGUAGCAGCUUUCCAUGGGGGAUUCUGAGUUUAAGGGGACUGAAAAACCCACAACGUAUGACAUCUCUGUGAAGAAGAAAGAGCUGCUCUCAACUGCCAUGAUGAGGACUAGCGAAUGGUUACCCCUUCCUUUUUAUUUUUCUGAAAUUGUCACAAACUAAUGUGUUAGUAUUAUUUCAGGAAGGGUUACUGAUCGAAGUUGUCAUAUGAAUGGUUGGUAGGAUCUAUAAUCUGGAGAUUCCAAGUGAUAUCAUUGUUCACGCUGGAGGAACUCCCGUCUCUCUUCACAAGGUAACUUGCAAUCUACCUGAAUCAUGUAACAUUUCUCUACAACGUUGGAAGUUGAAUUUUAUUAUGUUGCCAUUGUCGUACUUAGUUUUUUCCAUUUGAUUAGAACCUUUCAGGGCAAAUUAAUACUUGUUAUAAUGAUAUCAAUGAAAGUAUUCAUAUACAUCUCGUACAGUUUCCACUGGUCUCAAAGUGUGGAUACAUAAGGAAAAUGGUGACCAAAACCAAUGGUGCUGAUGUUUCUGUUGUUGAAAUUCCGGAUAUUCCUGGUGGAGCAGAGGCUUUUGAACUUUGUGCAAAAUUUUGCUAUGGUAUAAAUUUUGAGAUAAGUACAGAAAACGUAGCCAUGCUUAGAUGUGCUGCAGAAUACCUUGAGAUGACAGAGGAUUAUGGAAUUGGCAACUUAAUGAGCAGAACUGAGGCUUUUCUAACCGAAGUAGGACUCAAAAGCCUUGCGAGUGCAGUGUCCAUUUUGCAUUCUGCGGAAAAUUUUCUUGCUAUAGCAGAGGAAAUAAAACUGGUUAGUCAAUGCAUCGAUACAAUUGCUCGUUUUGCCUGCAAAGAUAACCAGUUUUCGGCGUGUCAUGACAGCUCGUCAAUGACAGAUCCUAAAGCCAUUGUUGAUUGGUGGGCUGAGGAUUUAACUGUUCUUAGAAUAGAUAUUUUCCAGCGGGUGCUUGUUGCUAUGGUGGAUAGGGGAUUCAAACAAAUUUCCCUUGGUCCAAUACUAAUGAUAUAUGUGCAGAAGUCUCUUCGAGGUUUGGAAAUUUUUGGGAAGGGGAGGAAGAAAAUGGAACCAAGACAAGAACAGGAGAGGCGGGUUGUUAUAGAAACAAUUGUUAGCCUUUUACCAAGAGAGAAUAACUCAGUGUCAGUUAGCUUUCUGUCAAUGCUGCUAAGAGCUUCCAUUUGUCUGAACGCAACAGUUGCUUGCAGGAUUGACCUGGAGAAAAGGAUUGGUUUGCAACUAGAAGAAGCUGUGUUAGAUGAUCUUUUGAUUCCUUCAUAUUUUUUCACUGGAGACACACUGUUUGAUGUCGAGACUGUCCAGCGGAUACUUGUGAACUAUCUCGAUUAUCAAAUGGUGGAGAAACGAUUGGGAGGGCGUAAUGAAGAUCAAUCUACUUCUUGUGAAACGGAAAGAGUUGGGAAGCUAAUGGAGAAUUACCUUUCUGAAAUAGCUUCUGAUCGGAACUUGCCUGUUUCUAAGUUCAUUGGUCUUGCCGAACUUGUCCCUGAACAUUCAAGGAUCUCAGAGGAUGGAAUGUACAGGGCAAUUGACAUUUUCCUAAAGGCUCAUCCUCACUUAAGUGAGAUGGACAGAAAGAAAGUAUGCAGUGUAAUGGACUGUCAGAAGCUAUCCAGGGAAGCCUGCGCUCAUGCAGCUCAGAAUGACAGACUACCUGUUCAAAUAGUUGUCCAGGUACUUUACUACGAGCAACAACGCCUUCGGGAAGCCGUGGACGGGAGCCUCAGGGAAGGCAAAUCUCCUCCAGGUAUUGCCCUCAGCGUGAACCCCUACUCGAAUCCCCCAGAAAUCUCCAGCUUGCGGAAAGAAAAUCAGGACCUGAAACUGGAGUUACUAAAACUGAAGACAAAGCUGCGAGAAAUUGAAAGGUCAUCAGAUGAAUCCACCAAUAACAACAGUCCAUUGGAAAUCACUGUUCCUAAUGCUGAGAAACCAACUCUGCUUAGAAAAUCGUUUAUCACUUCUGUGUCUAAAAAGCUUGGUAAAAUCAACUUUUUUAUUCGUGCUGAUGGCAAUGUGCCGAAUGGAAAAGGUCGCACCAGACCCUCCAAGGACAGGCGCCAUUCAAUAUCAUAAUACACUGCUUAAUUUGUCCCUUUGGAUUUUUUCAAAUGUGAUGAAGUGUAUAUGAGACUAUAAAUAGUAGAUUGAUAUAAAGCUUGAAAGGAGUACUAAUAAUAUUAUGUAUACUUCAAUGAAGACUAGUGAAGACGUUGAUUUUCCUGUGUACAAUGUAUAUGAUAUCAACUGCUUUUCAUGUAUUAUUAAGGAAUGCAUUAGCAGC